AUGGUCGCCGCGGGAUUCGUCCACACGGUGCUGCUCAGGAGCGACGGCGCGGCCGUGGCCUUCGGGCGGAAUGACCGCGGCCAGUGCAACGUGCCGGCGCUGGACGGCGGCCUGAGCUACACGCAGGUCGCCGCGGGAUUCUUCCACACGGUGCUGCUCAAGAGCGACGGCACGGCCGUGGCCUUCGGCCAGAAUGACUUCGGCCAGUGCAACGCGCCGGCGCUGGACGGUGGCCUGAAUUACACGCAGGUCGCCACGGAAAACGCCCACACAGUGCUGCUCAGGAGCGACGGCACGGCCGUGGCUUUCGGCUCGAAUCACGCCGGCCAGUGUAACGUGCCGGCGCUGGACGGCGGCCUGAACUACACGCAGGUCGCCGCGGGAUUCGCCCACACAGUGCUGCUCAGGAGCGACGGCACGGCCGUGGCCUUCGGCUCGAAUCCCGACGGCCAGUGCAACGUGCCGGCGCUGGACGGUGGCCUGAGCUACACGCAGGUCGCCGCGGGAGGCGCCCACACGGUGGUGCUCAAGAGCGACAGCACGGCCGUGGCCUUCGGCUCGAAUGACGCCGGCCAGUGCAACGUGCCGGCGCUGGACGGCGGCCUGAGCCACACGCAGGUCGCCGCGGGAGGCCCCCACACGGUGCUGCUCAAGAGCGACGGCACGGCGGUGGCUUUCGGCUCGGAUCGCGCCAGCCAGUGCAACGUGCCGGCGCUGGAUGGCGGCCUGAAUUACACGCAGGUCGCCACGGGAAACGCCCACACAGUGCUGCUCAAGAGCGACGGCACGGCCGUGGCUUUCGGCUCGAAUCACGCCGGCCAGUGUAACGUGCCGGCGCUGGACGGCGGCCUGAACUACACGCAGGUCGCCGCGGGAUUCGCCCACACAGUGCUGCUCAGGAGCGACGGCACGGCCGUGGCCUUCGGCUCGAAUCCCGACGGCCAGUGCAACGUGCCGGCGCUGGACGGUGGCCUGAGCUACACGCAGGUCGCCGCGGGAGACUUCCACACAGUGCUGCUCAGGAGCGACGGCACGGCCGUGGCCUUCGGCUCGAAUGGCCGCGGCCAGUGCAACGUGCCGGCGCUGGACGGCGGCCUGAGCUACACGCAGGUCGCCGCGGGAGACUUCCACACAGUGCUGCUCAAGAGCGACGGCGCGGCCGUGGCCUUCGGGCGGAAUGACCGCGGCCAGUGCAACGUGCCGGCGCUGGACGGCGGCCUGAGCUACACGCAGGUCGCCGCGGGAUUCUUCCACACGGUGCUGCUCAAGAGCGACGGCACGGCCGUGGCCUUCGGCUCAAAUCACGCCGGCCAGUGUAACGUGCCGGCGCUGGAUGGCGGCCUGAGCUACACGCAGGUCGCCGCGGGAGGCCUUCACACAGUGCUGCUCAGGAGCGACGGCGCGGCCGUGGCCUUCGGGCGGAAUGACCGCGGCCAGUGCAACGUGCCAGCGCUGGACGGUGGCCUGAGCUACACGCAGGUCGCCGCGGGAUUCGCCCACACAGUGCUGCUCAAGAGCGACGGCACGACCGUGGCCUUCGGCUUGAAUCCCGACGGCCAGUGCAACGUGCCGGCGCUGGACGGUGGCCUGAGCUACACGCAGGUCGCCGCGGGACGCUUCCACACGGUGCUGCUCAAGAGCGACGGCACGGCCGUGGCUUUCGGCUCGAAUGACGCCGGCCAGUGCAACGUGCCGGCGCUGGAUGGCGGCCUGAGCUACACGCAGGUCGCCGCGGGAGGCGCCCACACGGUGCUGCUCAAGAGCGACGGCACGGCCGUGGCCUUCGGCUCGAAUCCCGACGGCCAGUGCAACGUGCCGGCGCUGGAUGGCGGCCUGAGCUACACGCAGGUCGCCGCGGGAGGCCUUCACACGGUGCUGCUCAAGAGCGACGGCACGGCCGUGGCCUUCGGCUGGAAUCGCGACGGCCAGUGCAACGUGCCGGCGCUGGACGGAGCGCUGACGUACACCGGUCGCCCGCUCGUCGGCGCGACGCUGCUCCUGCAGGCGUCGUUUGACGGGGGCGCGGUGCGCUUCCUGACCCUGGGCGGGGUGGAGCGCUGCCGGGUGCGGGCGGCGCCCGGCGCGCCGCUCGCUGGCGUGCGCGAUUGGCUGGCGGGCGAGCUGGGCGCGAGCAGGCUGGGCUCGGCCGCGCCGACGCGGCCCUGCCAGGCGGACGGCUCCUGAGCGGGGCUUUGGCGGGCGAGACCGUUGCGCACGCCUUCGGGUUGUAGACAUCGGGUCGCCGCCGUGCUUCGUCUUGGGCCCUAGGGCGUCAUCCAGGGCGCAGGAACGUGGGGCUCUUCUGUCGUAGUGCGGAUCUCUCCGCGAUGUGUCGCCGAGUCCAG